AAUAGCAUUCCUUUUUCGUUAAUUUUUAUCGAGACCAAGCCACGGGAAAACCCGCUUCUUGUCUUGGUUAGACACCCACAGCACUCGGAUGCUGUGAAAAUUUACGUCCCUCAAAACGCUGACGUACACGACGUAAAAAA